CCACCUCGCCAACUUAUUUUUGGUUUGCAAAAAAAAAAAAAAAGAGGAAGAAAAACCCUCAAUCGUCUUCUGUAAGGAGAGGAUUUGGCUCGGAUGAGAGCGUUAUUUCCCUUUUCUACUCCGCUGCUGCCGCCGUUCCUGCUGUGCGUCCCUUGUCGCGCGUACAGCACAAGAGGGAUGUAGAGACUAAAGCUCGAACCCUGCAGCUGGGGUUCCCUGCACAUCACCGAGAAGGCACUGCGCAGGAGAGGGAGAGAGAGAGAGAGAGAGAGAGGGGAAGAAGGGAGGAGAAGGUGAGGUACAGAGUCGGGAAGAGUCAGGAGCGCCAUAUCCCUGCUGUGGCUGAGCGUUUACGCGCGAUCCGACGGAACAUCUCCAGCCUCUCCAGGACUGAUUCCAACAUGAUAACUUCUAAACUCCUUGUUCGCACCUAAUCUGGCUUUCUUUAUGGGCUGCAAAGAGAAAAAAGGUGCAACUUUUUGCAACGGACACCAUCCACGUGAAGUUUUUCUUUUUGGGUGCCAAUUACAAAGAGUUGGUGUCCAAGCCCCCCCCAUCUAAUCGCCGGUGACCCUCUUGGCCAGCUCUCUGCUUCCAAAGCACAAGGAAUUAUCCUAUUUUCCCUCUCCGAUAAGGGAAAACAGUAAAGCUGUGCAGCAAAAUGGAGAAUUUGACUCAUUUUCAACCCGUGUGCUCUUUUCAGGGUCCGACUGCUCCUGCUUUCUGUUGAAACGCAGAGUUCAGGCCGUAAGGAUAAAAGCCCAAGGGUUUUGACAUUUCAGUUCGUUUUAAUUUUUGCUCCUCUUCUUGCUUCAGUGCAUUUUGGAGGAAAGCCCAAAUGAUGGGUUGGUGUUGCUCAGGCGUACGGAGAGCCCUGGCUCUCCUGGUGCUCCUGUUUGUCUUGCGGGGGAAAGGCUGUUGCUGUUGGGGGCUAAAUCCCAACUCUGGGGACGAGGAGAAGUCCCUACGCUCUGAUCCCGACUCCUGGGAGGCCUUGCACAGGCACAAACGCAGCUGGGUAUGGAACCAGUUCUUCGUGUUGGAGGAGUAUACAGGGAAUGAGCCUCUCUACGUUGGCAAGCUGCACUCUGAUGUGGAUAAAGGAGAUGGCAAAGUGAAGUAUGUGUUAUCUGGUGAGGGUGCCACCUCUAUCUUCACUAUCGAUGAGAACACUGGAGACAUCCACGCCACGAAGCGCCUUGAUCGGGAGGCCCAGGCCUACUACACCCUACAAGCUCAGGCUAUAGACCGGUUAACCAACUUACCUGUAGAACCCAGGUCUGAGUUUGUGGUGAAGGUGCAAGACAUCAAUGACAAUGAACCAAAGUUUCUUGAUGGGCCAUACUUGGCAGGGGUACCGGAGAUGUCACCUCUAGGAACCAUGGUGGUGCAAGUGGCAGCCACAGAUGCAGAUGACCCGACAUAUGGGAACAGUGCCCGGGUGAUCUACAGCAUCAUUCAUGGACAGCCAUACUUCUCUGUGGAGCCCAAGACAGGUGUCAUAAGAACAGCUUUGCCCAAUAUGGAUCGAGAGACAAGGGACCAGUAUGUGCUGGUCAUUCAGGCCAAAGACAUGGUUGGCCAAAUGGGUGGCCUCUCUGGCACAACGUCGGUCACAGUCACGCUCACCGAUGUCAACGACAACCCACCACGGUUUGCCCACAAGAGCUAUCAGUACACAGUGCUGGAGUCACUGCCGGUGCAAUCUGUGGUGGCCAGAAUCAAAGCGGCAGAUGCUGAUAUCGGCUCCAAUGCAGAGAUGGACUACAGGAUCAUGGACGGUGACGGGCCCGGCAUGUUCAACAUCACAACAGAUGAGGACACACAAGAGGGGGUUAUUAUUCUGCAGAAGCCUCUAGAUUUUGAGACAAGAAGCGGUUUUGCUCUAAGAAUCGAAGCCACAAACAGGAACAUUGACUCCAAUUUCUUGAGCCUGGGCCCAUUUAGCGACACAACUUCAGUCAAAGUUGCUGUGGAAGAUGUGAAUGAACCACCCCUCUUCUCUACACAACUCUCCAAAAUGAAUGUUUCAGAGGACGCCAAAGUGGGCACAUCUAUUGGUAGAGUCUCUGCUCAUGACCCCGACACCUCCAACAGUGGAAUCAGGUACUCCAUUGACAGGAACACAGACUUAGAGCGAUUUUUCAAUGUGGACGCUCUGAGUGGGAUCAUCAGUACAGCAAAGCCUCUGGACCGAGAGGCCAACUCUGUCCACAAUCUCACCAUUUUGGCCAUCGAGAUCUUGGAUCCAAACCAGGUUGGCAAAGGCAUCGCUCUGAUCUCGGUGCGGGAUGUAAAUGAUAAUGCCCCAGUCUUUGCAAUCGACUAUGAAACUCUCCUGUGUGAAAACUCAAUGCCAGGACAGGUGAUUCAGACCAUCAGUGCAGUGGAUAAGGAUGAACCGCUGAGCGGGCAUCGCUUUCAUUUCGCCCUUGAUGCCUCCGUUGCUGGAAACAUGAACUUCACCCUGCGAGAUAACAAAGACAAUACAGCAUCCAUACUGACAAAGCGAGGCGGCUUCAGGAGACGGGAGCAGCCAGUGUAUCGAUUGCCAGUGUUGAUCACAGACAAUGGAAUCCCUGCCCUCAGCAGCACAAACACACUGUCUGUGCGAGUGUGCGACUGCGACUCUGACGGCGUGGCCCUGUCUUGUGGAGCAGUGGCCUACACAGCUACAGGCCUUAGCACUGGUGCCCUCCUGGCCAUUCUGGGCUGCAUUAUCACACUUCUAGUGAUGGUUCUGCUGAUUGUCACAAUGCGCCGGAGAAGGAAGCAGCCCUUGAUCCUGGAGGAGGAGAGGGACAUCAGAGAGAACAUCGUCCGUUAUGAUGACGAGGGAGGGGGAGAGGAGGACACAGAGGCCUUUGACAUGGUCACCCUUCGCAAUCUCAACAUCAUUAGAGAUCCCACAGUGCGGCGAGACGUCACACCUGACACUCCCACAUUCUACCAUUACACCUCUGCUUCACGGCCACCCUACAGGUCACUGCCAGACAAUGUUGUGUUUCGAGAGUUCAUUUGGGAGAGGCUGAAGGACGCUGAUGUGGACCCCACAGCUCCCCCAUAUGAUUCCCUGCAGACAUAUGCCUUCGAAGGCAGCGGUUCUGUAGCUGAGUCGCUGAGUUCUUUGGAGUCAUUAAGUACGGACUCAGACCAGAACUACGACUACCUCAGCAAUUGGGGGCCGCGCUUUAAGAAGUUGGCUGAUCUGUAUGGCAACAGUGACAGUGGCAACGUGCUAUCAUAGCCUCCAAAUGUCUCUCUUUACAGUUCUGGAACUUUCAUACGUGAGUAAUAUAUUGUCAGAGCAAGUGGUUUUGUCUACCUUGGUGCAGCUAAGGAAAAGAUUCAAAGACAACACAAGCGAUUGAAGGGAAAACGCUUUGACUUCAAAGGUUUUUUUGGUUUGUUUACCUCCCUGUAUGGGCUUUAAAAAGCUUGCCAUGGUGAGUUUUGACACUGACUUCAAAAGUGGCUUGACUGAGGAGGAAGCCUUGUGUGCAAAAGACAUUAAAGGUUUCAUAUUUUUGGGCCGGAGUCCAACCGCUGACUGCAAAAUGCAUUACACGUGGAAGCUGUUUUCUUUUUUUUUAUAGGGAGAAACCUGUCCUUUCAUUCUGUUGAUGGGCACAGGCACAACACUCCUGCUUUGAUGCAUUCCUUUGCUAUCUCUGUGCUAAAAAACAAAAAGUUUCUCAUGAAAGGCUGUCCCCCUGGCAGCUAAUCAGUAGUCUCUGGACUACCCAGAUGAAAUAUGAGAACAAUUUAUGUUUCUUAUUUCUGUUUUCUUUCUCUCUCUCUCUCUCUCU